UUAUAUCCAUCGUUCGUAAUCGUAGGCGAACCUCUUUAUACAUAUAUAGCUUGAGUUAACCUAAGCUUUUUAUUUUCUUCUUUAUUCUUGCAGGACCAGGGCGGGUGUAGAUUGAGAAACCAUUAUGUACUUCAGCGAGGGUUUCGAGGACUCCAUCGAUACAUACUUCAACUUUGAUGAUGAUCAUGACAAAGAAAGCAAUUCAGAGGGAGACUCUGGCUGGCCAAAACAAGUGAUUAUCAAUCCGCUGGUUGGUACUCAAGAAAUCAAAUAUCCAAUUAGCCAACAUCAAGCAAUUCAUGAUCAGGCUGCUGGACCAUCCAGCAAAAAAAGGAAAGGAACCCCUCUAGAGGAUGAUGAUGAAAAAAAGAAACGAAAAAGAGCUGCCGAUAAGAAAAGCCGUGACAAAAAAAGGGAAUACUAUAAGGGAAUAGAAGGGGAGCAGCAAGCUACCAAGAGUAAAAUGAAAGCCCUUGAAAGUGAAAAUGAGUCAUUGAAUAAGGAAAAAAACUUGAUGGAUCAAAAGUUGCAGAUUUCAGCCACUCAGAUUGAGCAGCUUAGUUCUGAAAUUAAAAGAUCAAAUCAAACCAUUGGGGAUCUACAACAAAAACUUGAUGCUAUGCAUUGGAAUCAGGAACAUGUCGAAAAAAUGGAGGAGGAGUUGCGACAACUCAAGACAAAAACUAACAAACUUGAACGUACGAAAGAAUCUUUGACAAAAAAAUUGCAGGCAGAAGCUAAUAAUACUAUGGAACUUCAAUCCAAAAUUGAUAUCCUGAACGCAAAGAUGAGAAAACAACAACAGUUCGUAGAUUUGUAUACCAAUGGGCUAAACCAUAAUCAAGAAUUGCCUAUGGAACAAGAGCAAUUAGGGCAAGAAGAGAAUGGACGACUUGGUUUCAUGGGAGAUGGACGUCGUCCUAUCACUAUAGGAGAUAUGCAAGAGGUGAAAUCCAUGAUGAUGAGAAUGAUGGCACAAAUUGAACAACUAUAUCAAAAGGUGGAUGCUCCAGAGACUCCAAAUCCUCCUUCACAGAGUGGCUAAAGAGGGAACAAAAUUGGGUGCCUCAGGGGCUAUGUUUAUCAACGGAUUGCUCGAACUUUUUUCUAUUGGAUUGUGAGAAGUUAAUUAAUUACAUCUCUUAUGAACUAUUUCUAUUGGAUUGUAUUUUAUCAAACCUGCAUGUUGAACAAAAUAAGUUGCUGUUGUGUUUGUAUUUUGUGAGAGUUGACACAAGAAUAUUAAUUUGUAUUUGUGGUAUGUUUAAUUAGCAAA